GGGCCGGGCUGGGCCGGCCGGGGCGGGGCGCGCGACUGCUCCGGGCGGCGAUGGCGGCGGACGGGGACUGGCAGGAUUUCUAUGAGUUCCAGGAGCCGGCCCGGAGCCUCCUGGACCAGGAGAACUGUAACGCGAGCCCCGAGGCCGGGGCGGGGGCGGGGGCCGGGGCCGGGGCGGGCGGGGGCGCCGACGGUUUCCCGGCCCUGGCCUGCAGCUUGGAGGAGAAGCUGAGCCUGUGCUUCCGCCCCUCGGAUCCGGGCGCCGAGCCCCCGAGGGCGGCCGUGCGGCCCAUCACGGAGCGCAGCCUCCUGCAGGGGGACGAGAUUUGGAAUGCCCUGACGGAUAAUUAUGGGAAUGUGAUGCCUGUAGACUGGAAGUCGUCGCAUACUAGGACCUUGCACUUGCUUACUCUGAACCUCUCAGAAAAAGGGGUAAGUGACAGUUUGCUCUUUGAUACGUCAGAUGAUGAAGAGCUGAGAGAACAGCUGGAUAUGCACUCAAUCAUCGUCUCCUGUGUUAGUGAUGAGCCCCUCUUCACGGCAGACCAGGUUAUUGAAGAAAUUGAAGAAAUGAUGCAGGAAUCACCGGACCCAGAAGAUGAUGAAACCCCUACACAGUCAGAUCGGCUUUCAAUGCUUUCCCAGGAAAUUCAAACUCUUAAGAGGUCUAGUACCAGCAGUUAUGAAGAGAGAGUGAAAAGGCUCUCAGUGUCUGAGUUAAAUGAAAUCCUAGAAGAAAUUGAGACUGCCAUUAAGGAGUACUCUGAGGAGCUGGUGCAGCAGUUGGCUUUGCGAGAUGAACUGGAGUUUGAAAAGGAAGUGAAAAACAGCUUUAUUUCUGUUCUUAUUGAAGUGCAAAACAAACAGAAAGAGCACAAAGAAACAGCAAAAAAGAAAAAGAAGCUAAAAAAUGGCAGCUCUCAGAAUGGGAAGAAUGAGAGAAGUCAUAUGCCUGGCACACGCUUCAGCAUGGAAGGGAUCUCAAAUGUCAUUCAGAAUGGCCUCCGCCACACCUUUGGAAAUUCAGGUGGAGAGAAACAGUAUUUGACUACAGUCAUUCCUUAUGAGAAGAAAAACGGACCACCAUCUGUUGAAGAUCUUCAAAUAUUAACAAAAAUUCUUCGUGCCAUGAAGGAGGACAGUGAAAAAGUUCCGAGCUUGUUAACUGAUUAUAUUCUGAAAGAGCCCAUUGCUACAGUGUGUGAGCAGAUGAAACCCUGAUUAGUCCCAGAAUGCUACAAAGGAGAAGAGGAGGACUUUUUUUUUUUAGAGUAUGCUGAGCUGCUAUGGAGUGACAGAAGUCCUGCUGUUUCUCUGGGGCUGUGAGACAUUUCAGACAAACAGCCAUGCAGCCCCUCCCAUAGACGACAUGGGACCUGCUAUAGGAAGCUUUCACAAUUCCACUUGAACACCGGUGAGCAAACAGGGCUAUACAUAUUCCUCACUGCACUCAGCAACUGAGACGCCAUGACUGCAAAGGGCAGGGGCUCGGUUUGAAGUUGAAUGCCUGCUUGGCAUUUCAGCCGUCAUCUCUAGGGGUAUGAGAAACUUAGGAUGGUUUCCUUAUUUUAUUAACGUUCUUAUGUGGAACUUACUUGGCCCUUUCCCCAGAUACACACAUACCCAGUAAUAUUAAUAAUUUAAAUUAAUUUGAUGUGAAUUUGCAAAAAUGAUGCCUUGUACUGAAGAAAUGUAGCUUUAAAGGGUAUAUGAUGUAGCGGAAAGUCCUUAGGGGAUAUAUUUUUUUUAAAGGAGAUUCAACGUGGUCUGUUUAUAGCUCAUUCUUAAAUUGAUGCUUCUAAAAUGUAUGAAAAUAUACCUAUUUUUUCCUAUCAGCUCAAAGUCUCUUUGUAGUCAGGCUUCCCCUGACUUUGCUUGGUAAAGUCUUUCUUCUUCAGCAUCGAACCACUGUAGGGUUUCCCACCACAAUCCUCCUGUGCGUAGCAAGUUCAUUUUGAUACUAGUUAUGAGCACGUUUCUGACAGCAGGUAGGUUUCUUGUCUCCCUAAAAACAGCACCGCUAUGCUGUGUACUCUGGGAGUACUUUUCUUUUUGCAAGGAUUCCUUGGGAAAGACCCGCCUAACGACAAAGGCACGGGGACUUCUUGUGACACCGGAGGCUCAUUGGACUGAUAACCUUAAAAGGACAAUUUGUCUUUCGGAUCCCAGAGCUGGAAUCUUUUUGGAAGUUACACUGUGUGAUUUCAACUCACAACGUUUAUUUCCUGCCAAGAAUCAGGUUGCAGAUAAUUCUCUUACAGCUUUGUGUGUUUUGAAGAAAACAAAAGCAAACUGUAGAGCUAUGGUGCACUCCAAGUGCCAUAUAUCUGUUUUAUUCUUCAGGAAAUUAGAUUUUUCUUUUACAAGAGCACAACAGGAACCAAAGUAAAAGAGUAAUAGAUACAGCACUCAGGAUAAAUCAUAUCUUUAAAAUAAUAAUAAUAAAAUUUACACCUUGUCCUAUAUCCUGUUAGUAUUUUCAUAAUAUGGCCAUGAUUGAAAAAACAAAAAGCAAGCAUCUACAAUUUUUUUCGAUAAAGACUUUAUGCCAGGAAUGGAUUAAUUAUCAACAAAAUUCAUACUAAUCAGGCUGAUGUCAAUCUAUUUUGGUAACAUAUCAUUAACAAAUUUAUUUUGGAAAAAGAUAAAAAUAUUGCCCCUUGAUAAUAAAUCUUUUUUUCCUUUGAUGCAAACAGCUAGAACACCUUUUUCUUUUUCUUUUUGAUAUUCUAAGACAAAAAAAUGGUUAAUCUUCAGAUUAAUAAAUUAGGUCAUUAUAAUAAUAAAUUAAUUUUUUUUAAAGUUCAGCAACCUCUGUCCAAGUAUUUACAACAAUACUUGAAAGUUCCUUUACAAAACAGAACACAUUUUCUUUUCACAUUAAGCAUACUGGGUAUCUGUGUCUUUCACAACAAGCAUUUUUAAAAGAAAACUCAAUGCACAAAUGGGUUAAUUAGUAUAAAAGUGCUAAGGGCUGUUUGAAAAGUUAACACUAUAGUAUACAGUCAGUUAUAUUUGAGGCAUACUACAACAAACUUCCAGCUUAUUGUGGACAAUAUUCCAGUAGUUGUUUCAAACUAUUGUUUGAA